AUGGUGCGGUUGUCUCUUCCACCGUGGCCGUCCGUGUUUUCCUUCGCUUCGGCAGCGUUCCUUGGGCUGGGUACUCGCGUUUUCCGGAGCUCUUCCUUUCCCCCGAAUCCUGCGUUUGCCUUUUCCGCACAGCGCACCGGAUCGUUCCACGCCUUCAUGGUCUCUCAAGCGGCGGCGAAGAUGCAGAAUUCCUCCGAGUCGCGUUCCUCAAAUUCCACGCGCGACUCUCCGCAGACCAGCGAGCUGCUUCGCGCGUGCUGCUACACCGCACCGAUGGCAGUCCAGGUUUCCCCGUUCGUUCAGCACUACGAAUGGGGCAUGCCUGCUUCGGUUUCUCUAGUUGCCAAAUUCGCUGCGGUUGCGCGGAGACAGGAGAAAGCUGCGGCCGCUGGCGACGCUUGGGAUGCAAUUUUGAUGGAGAAAAACGUCCCAGAGGGUCUCCGACGUCGAGCGUCGACUCUGGAGUUUUCAGCGAUUCAGAGCGACACUCGGCCUUUCGCAGAACUCUGGAUGGGGGUGCACAGCAGCGGUCCGAACCGCGUAAUCGCCUGCUUCAACGACCCGGUCCUGGCGCAGAAAAGCGCAGAACUGGCUGCGUGGUCCUCCUCUCUGUCACACCCCACUUCCCCUCGACAAGCGCGAGACGAAGAGGGUGGAAACAUCGCAGAAGUGCCGUCGCGUCGCCCUCUGAAGAGACGCGACAGCAGCGAGUUCCGGUUAUCGUGUCUAAGUAGGUGGUUGGGAAAGAGUCAAGCACGAGAGUCAGAAGCGACGAACAACAGCAGCGCCCCAGAGCCCCCCCUCAGUCGCCGCCGGAGCUUGGCCGAGGCGUUUAUCGGCUGUCCGCUGCCGAUCUUCAUCGCGGCGAACCCCGACUUCAUGGGUGGGCAAAACAAACUCCCUUUCCUCUUCAAGGUUCUCUCCGUGAAAAAGCCGCUGAGCAUCCAGUCUCACCCUGACCGGCAGCUCGCUGAGAUUCUCCACCGGCAACACCCGCAACACUUUCCAGACACAAACCACAAGCCAGAGCUCGCGAUCGCCGUCGGACCCUUUGAGGCACUGUGUGGCUUCCGCGCCGUCGAGGAGAUCGUUCUAUUCAUCCUGCACACUCCGGAGCUAAAGCGGGUGUUGGGCGGAGACGAUUUCUUGCGCGAAGCCGGUGCGCUGGAGCUCCUCGAGAAACAAAAAUUCAGUCGCCAUUCUACUCUAAGGAGUGACAGCAGCGCACGCAAAGAAUUGUGCGAUGGGGACGUGCUAGCAGAUCCCCGUGGCACGCAAACCUCCGGAGACACCGCGGCGGGUGUACCUACACCUGGAGCGCGGCAGGAGGACCGCACCGCGCUUCUUAAAACGCUGUUUUCAAAAGUGAUGCAUUUGCCGCGAGAAACUGCCUCGGCUGCGCUCGAAGCGCUGGUCACGCGACUGCAGACCUCGGGAGAUCUUCCGUCUGGGACGUCGCUCUCAGACAGCGAACAGGAGGCUCUUCAGACAGCCAACAACGUGGCAGUUCGUCUACAUGCAGCCCAUGGACUUGACCCUGGAGUUUUUGCGGCGUUCUUUCUUAACUAUGCGAAACUCAAGAGCGGCGAUGCAAUUUUCAUCGGCCCAAACAUUCCGCACUGCUACUUGUCCGGCCACGCGCUGGAGUGCAUGGCGAACUCUGACAACGUGAUUCGCGGAGGUCUCACGCCGAAACACACGGACAUCGAUCUGCUGUGUUCUUCCCUCCGCUUCGACCAUCAAGGAAGUUACCUCCGCGUCCGUCCAGAGAUUCUUCCUGCCAGCGAACCGGCGUCGGAGUCCACAGAUGCUUCCAAUUCGGGUGGCCAGGGAGACAUCGCGGUGUACGACCCGCAUGUGGACGGACUUUCCGACUUCAAGGUGUACAAACUCCGCAUCAAGGCGGGUCAAAAACUCGACGACUGCGGCCGCCUCUUGGGCGGUGCUCCAGGCCUCGGACUCGUGCUGCACUGCCCCUUCAAGACUCUCCUAACCAUUCGCAGAGGACGGGAAAGAGUGUCUGUCCCUCUCCACUUUGGAGAAGUCGUCUUCAUCUCUGCCGGCUCUUCUCUCGUUCUCGAGACGGCACCAUCUGAGCAGUGUCUUGACAAGAACAUGGAGAGUGAGUUUCCCUCUCCGGCAGCUGAAUUUUCGGAGGUAGUCGAUUCCCAGAUUGACCAGUUAUUGCUUGAAGAGGAUCGAGACAGUUGUAUUUUGUACCUCGUCUCCUUCUCCAAUCGCACAGCAGCCGAAGCUAGGAACGAUCUGUAG